UUGCUUUCGCGUACGCACGUCAUGGUUAUGUUCGUGAUGAAAUUGGGCUGACAGCUUUGACUUCUUUUUGCCAAUUGCAGCGCCUAUGUGCAUCGUGUCGCCGUCGUCAUCGUCGUGGUCGUCGUCGUCGUCGUCGUGUAAUCACUUUCGGCGUGUGGAAUUUCCCUUCUUUUCUCCAGUGGAAUUAUUUUAGAACGCAAAUUCGGUCCGAGCGUUCCUUGAACCGUGAAAUAUGUGUCUACUCAUACGUUCGAUUCGAUAAUACCCGCCGCCGCCGCGAAAUAUGUCAACGGACACGACGAAUCCGGAGGAGAUAGCGCGCACAGAAUACACCUACGAUGGCUGUCUCGUCAACGAGCUCGACCGCAUCGACCUGUCGCACUUGGAGUUCGAUGACAACGACGAUUGGUUGUACAUGCCACCGCGAUGUUCAACUGAAUCAACAAUUCAGGAUUUAUACACCUGGCUGAAAACAGAACCAGAAUUAGGUGUUCGAAGUAACAAAAAAUGCAUUGACACCAGAACAUUUACAAGACCCAAAAAACGAACAUCACGAAUGAGUUUUGAAUCCAUUUUUGAAAAUUUGCCACGUUGUGUUACAAAUAUAUGGAAGCCACAAAAUUUAGAUGAUACGCACACUGAAAAUAUGGGGAAAUUUUCAUCUACAUCGAUAGAAAACAAGGAAUCAGUACCGCUGAUGCUCAAGCCAUCUGUCAAAGCGACUGUAAAUGUAUUGUCUAAUGAAAAUUUGUCAAAAUCAGGACAAGAGAGUAUGGAGGUCUUCUUGAACAUGUCGCAAUCUAAAGGAAUUGAUUCAUUUAUAAACUUAGGUGAGCCUGAAUUCAAUGAUCCUCUGAUGAGUAUGUCGCAGCCUUCUAUUUUGUAUACAUCUAUUAUCGGCUCCGUGAACGAAUCUACGUUCACCGAAGAUAAUGUAACACUAGUAACGCGUAAGGACACCAAUGGUCAACAAGUCACUCAUCGGCAUAGCAAUGUGCAAGAAAAAUCAAACCCUAAUGAUCCUGAUGCGACGUUUGUGAUGCAAAGCGACAACAAUCUAAUUUCACCGAACGAAACGUAUCGCGUAAAUACUCUGAACGACACGUUCUGCAAGGACUCUGCUCCAUUGGAUAUAGGCUUAAACGAAACCUAUGAUGCUGCAGCUUCUGACCAAGCGUCAGCGUUGCCAUCGAAUCUUUAUAAAAAGAACACUGACGGGGCCACUAUGUCUUCCAUCUUCACAACCGAGCCUAACACUGAUGGUAAUUUCGCACAAUUGCAAAAUCAGGCAAGUAACAGUAUUGAUCCAUUGAACGUUACAUAUCUAUCGACAGCCAAAUCCGCUGGUAGCCAAGAUACAAUGGUGUCGGUGAAGAGCGAUGCGUAUAAGAACACAGUGCACGCGAAUAAGAUGAAACUCGACGUAACUUGCAACGCUCCAAGCGACGAAACCGCAGUGCUUUUCGAGGCACAAGACGGGGAAGACGUCUUGGAUGUGUCUUUCACGAUGCCUAUUUGCGGUCAAUCUACGCCUAUACAUUCGAACGCGUUAAAUCCCACGUCGAAACUCGCGGUGAAGCAUUCGGAACAACAGCGACCAAGUCUAUAUUCCACGUUGAAAGCGCCUACGUCAUUGCGGAAGGAGUUGUUGGCGGAGAUUCGCCGAAGCGACGAGCGUAGGCUCGACGUCACGUACAACCAUGUUAUAGGCGAUCAGCGUGGCUCGAGGGACACCAAGGAGGAUGCUCACGUAGCCCACAACGAAAAUGCUAAAAUCGCAGCCAGCGUCUUUCCGUUGGAGAAUCGAUAUCACACGUACAGAAAAUCGACACUGACGACAACAGCAAUAGCGAAGAAUCAGUGUAGAGAACGUGAUACAACUAUAGCCGUGCCUCAGAGAGACUUGACAGCGGAUCGUAAGUUUUACACCUUCACAAAGAAGAGUAACAACAACCCCGUCGAGAAGAACAAUGGAGGUGUUGAGAACAUCGUCGAAAAUAAUACAGAAGUGGCGCGUCUAAAUAUGGAUAGCACGUUCUGCAAACCUUUGCCUAAAGCGCUGCCAAAGAGAAACGCCAGGAUGUUUUCGAAGUUACCGCAGUUUUUGCAGAAGUCCAAUCCGAAUCUCGUCUCGAGCUCUCUGAGGUCCACCGUCAGUCUGUCUGGCAGCACGAGUUUAUUCAACGCCGGAUAUAUCAAGGGCUCGCAGCCUAAUAUCAUGCAAAAUGUGGAGAAGUCGAGUCUGGCAAGUAGUAAGUUGCACCCCUUCGGCAAGCUGAAGAGCGGCUCUGAACAACGACUCGUCGAAGUAAACGUGAAGAAUAGCGAAUUCUCGGCGAAGGUCGUGACCGGCUCGACGGAGAGUAUAGAGAGCACGCAAAGUGCCCACAGCGCUCCCGACCUGGACGACAGGCUUAGCACGUGCUCCGACAGCAGUCACAAUUCAUGCAACAAAGGCACGAUGAAUAUAGAACAGUUGCAUCAGCUGGUACGAAUGCAAGAAGAGAGUUUGAAGCAGGAUUCUGCGCCCAAGCCGCAUAAACGUGUUCUAGAAAACACUUGGGUCGAAACGAAGAUAAAUUUACCAUCACCGAUUCUAAAGAAUGGUAUAGAACAUGGCGAGAUUGACACGCAUUCGUUGCUGAGUGCAAAUGUGAAUAUAAAAUGCAGCUCUCCACUACUAAGUCCCACUGGGUCUAGUCAUGUCUUAAACAACGACGGGAAUUCUGAAAGUAACACAGGAAAAGUAAAGGAUGAAGUUGCGGUAGCUGGUAAGACACAGGGUCCGAAUCAAGUAGUGCCUAAAAUUGAAAAUAAGACUCGGUUAAGACAACCAACUAAUUGGGGUACCGGUAGCAAACCAUCUGCUGUGAUAAGCGGAAUUCCUAGACCCGCGUCGCGUAUACCGGCUCUCAGAUUCGUCAGACCGAAUAAUGCGAAAGCUAAUCAAGCUGAUCUGAGAAAGGGAUACACGUGAGAUUCCGUUUACUACAAAUUUGUAGAAGCGAGAGAGACUUUUUACGCACGAAUGUUUAGUUGAAUCUUUACUAGUGCGGGGUGAUUAGUAGCUGAUUAUUUUUAGUUCCAUUAUAUAACAAUGAAGCUUCUUCUCAAAACCAAUAAAAAUUCAGUAUUAUUGAGCUUCCAAGUCGAUAAAACUAUAAAACGCGACUAGAAAAGGGGGAUAUUACUAUUAAUAUACAAUAUUUGCAUGUGUUUGCUUGUUUGUAUUCCAUUUGUAAGAAAAUUAAUAAUGUCGUGAGAUAUUGCGUGUCACGUUAUUACUUUCAUAUAAUGCGUAGAUGCAUUCUUUUUUUACGAUUCGAAGCGUAAUCUUCUUGCUGAUACGCAAUGGGAAAAUGUCGAGCCUUGUAUUAUUUACACAAACGUAUAAAAUAAACUUUGGAAGUUUGUUAAGCGUGAAGUUAAAAAAAAAAAGAAAAGAAACAAAAGAUAUGCUAAUCUGUUCCAUGAAUUAAAUUAUUUAAGUUAUAAAUUGUCGUUGCCAAAAAACCACCAAGAUGUACGCGGUAUUGAUGUUGUUUGUAAUUUCUAUGAGUUGUAGAAAAUUAAUAUUUCUAUUCGGUACUUUGCACGAGAAACCGAAGAAGAGACGUCUCUCGCACGAUAGUUAGUACAAACAACAGCAAUAAAUUUAAAAUAUUUGUAUAUAAAAACAAUAUAUAGCGUUAAAAAAUUAUAGCGAUUAUAGAAGUUGUUUUUAAUGUUUUCUGUUAGAGUACCGAGUGAUAAAUCGGCCGCACGUUAAAGAACGCAUAUACUGAAAGACUGCAAAUGUAAACCGACACAAUCUUUACGCGCGAAGUUCUAACUCCCGUUUCCGUCCUAUUUGGCAGUGUAAACUCUCUUCUCGAUGGACCCGCUUGUUACGACGUUUCGCCAAAUCGCCUGGGACAUACCAUCGCGUUUACACGUUCACAAAUGAAUUAAAAAAAUUUGAUAUGUAGCGUAAAGGAAUUGUUCGACCGGCGUCCUGCAUAUCAUUUGUUCUGUCUUUGAACAGAUCGAGCAUUGAAAACCAAUUGAUAUGAAAUAUACAUUGAAUAUAUAUUCGAUAUUUUGAACAGAAAACACAUAUCGUAAAAAAAUAUUUUGUGAUCUUAUGUGUUGUAAUAGAGUCGCAUGUAGAUGCAUAUAUACAUUUUGUAGUGAAGGUUUUCACACUUUUAUACAUUGAUAAUUAUUAAAAAUGCAAGCAGAGAAAACUGUGUCUCUCGAUUUGUUGUAGACUCCUUUUUGUAGUGGCACUACAUAAACGGAUAACAAUAUUUGCAUACUCUUUUUUUUUUGUUCACACCGAGAGAAAACGCUGAGCAAACUUCUAAGUUAACUUAAAUAUUCUAAAACAAUUGUCAAUUACAAUUUAUCACCCUAUACUGUAGCGAAAAUUAUAUUAAUAUAAAAAAAGAACUAACAUUUUUCUAUUAUGAGAAAUAUAUCAUAAGAUUCUAUAUCACGAACGAUUGCUAUCCUACAAUUUAAGUGCAAGGAUAUUUAGUUGCAUUCUUAUGUUGUUGACGUUUAUUCUAGCGGGCAGCGUGUGACGCAAACCUACUCAAGUUAUUGAUUUUAAUCGUGAACCAGAUUUAAAACUACUGUAUGCUCAUUGUAAAUAAUAAAGCGAAAAGUGAUUGUCGUAUCGUAAA